CUCCUCCAGGAGAACGAUACGUGACAAGAACAUUCCACGUGGGGACUGGAUCCUCAGACAAUGGCGUUGGGGCUAAUGCAGCUAACAAUGGGUCAGGGGACAACACCUAUGGAUCAUGUUUACAUAGCAUGGAGUUUUUGCUCGUUUCAAUCGUUCUAGCAGUUCUGCUGCUCCUCGCUAUAGAUGUCGCCAUUUGCGCAGUAUUUCGGCUCAGACGGGAUAACCAGGAGAAAUACAAACAAGAGAAUAUACGUGGCUAUGACAACCGCUCUCAUUACUCCGGAUCGAAGGGGUUGCCGUAACGACCUACAUAUAUUAACGGACUGGAUAAGUGUACUGUUUGAUCAUAUCAUAAUAUCUAUAUUAGUUAUAUGUCACUCAAUUCAAAUCCAAUUAAGAUAAGAGGGAUUAAUGGGGGGGGGGGGGGGGGGGGUGUAGAUUGCGAUAUUUCAUUAAUAUUUGGCUCGUUUCAUGAAUGAAAAUUUAAUUGGCCUGUUUACUUUUUACGAUAUGAUGAUAUGAUUAAAAGCAGACAAUUCGAAAUCGAAAUCAUUGAUUUUGACACAAUGUGUAACCAAUCACACCAGCGAGGCAACCAUUGCAUUGAAUAAUACGCAUAUGGGUGACGAUUCAGCUGUACAUCCCCUUCAUUAGUUUGGAAAUCGGAAGUUUUCACUUGCUAGCAUAUGAAAGCCUGUCGAUUUUUGAAUCAUAAUUGUGUUCCUUUAGUACAAUAGUUCGAAACUUAACAUUUGAUGAGUUUUUUAAAUCGCAAAAGAUGAACCGGUUUUGAUAUAUUUUGCUUUCUCGAAUGGAACUUCCAGU